CCAUGAGAGCGUUGCCUCGCUCAACCAAACCCUAAGUCUACUUCCGUUGAGCGUGUGCACUAGGCACGCCACCACCAGCUUUCUACCUUUAGACUAUGUGCAAAGAAUGGGGGAAUACACACGAACAACUUACAAUUACCCUAUCUUUAAAGUGGUUCACCGCUUCGAUGACUGCAUCCUCGAAUUUCCUAUCCCUCCACCUAUCGGCAGCUUGGAAGAGGAAUCUUCCGAGCUGGAUUACUCGAAUAAUUGCUACCAAUGCUACACCCCACUGUCGCGUCGGAGGACGACGUACAUGUACAGGGAUUAUUUAUUCUGCUGUCAUGGGUGCCGUUUGAGAGCUUGCGUGACGAGGUAUUGGUACAAGAAGGUGAUGAAGUCUGCUGAGGAGGAGCAAAUUGAUUUUGAUGAGGAUGCAAUGGGCAAACAUGCAGUUUUCACUAUUUUAUAAUCUUAAUUACCAAAUCUAGCUCCUUGUAUUUCAUUUCAUUUCAUUUGCAUUUUUUUUUUCUUUUUCUUUUUUCAUUUUGGUACCUCGAUCUGUGUCGUAAGUGAAUUUUUUUGUUAAUUAAUAAGCUU